AUGGAUGGCGAGGCCGCUUCCGCGAACCAGCGGUUGGGCGUGGCCCGGAAUGACGCAUUACAAGGCGCCAUGCUUGCAUUCCAACACUCUAUGGAUCACUCACCUAAUGUGAACCCUAGAUCCUCUGUUGCCACUGCCGCAAUGGCAAGUGACCGUCAUACUCUGGGUCGCCAGAGAGCUGGAUCCGACGCCCCCGAAGUGGGCUCCGUAAAGGAUAAAAUCGGGAGAUGGGCCAAGCCACCUUCGCCUCCAGUCAGUACAUUGUCAAGUUUGAGGGGACGAGCUUCAGCAGCCUCUCUAUCCUCGACCUCGACCUCCCAAAUUGCGGCACGACUCGCUGCGUCAAGGUCCCCUGGGCGAGACACCAGUGUUCCGUCGACAACCGCCAGACUUGGAGCAGGCGCAAGUGCAGCACGAAGUGCGAGCCGGGUGCCACCAUUACCAGCCUCUCUUCGCUCGAUACAUGACAGAGAUAUCUACUUAGGUCGCAUGCUGCACGAAAGUGGCUUAAAGUCCGACUCAGAUCUGCCUAUCUACAAGCGCUCUCCAUCCCAACAAUCCAGGUCAACACUGGAUGAUCAGGAUAGUCGAGGACCGAGUCCCCAUCCUUCUCUAGAGUCUCUGAAUCCUUCUAUGCCGUCUGAUGAGUCAAAACCGAGGCUUCCGCCCCGUGUGCCUCCACCACGAGGGUCUAUCAGAAAUCAUGGAUUCAUCACAACACCCCUGCGACCUUCGACACCGAGCGAGGCGUCCAUGUCAAACCAUUCACGUACGACGAGUAGCUCCAGUCUAAUAGAUGACUCUCUUGGAAUGACCGAGGAAUCCCUCUCCAAUGCAAUUAUCGCCUCAUCCCUGGCAUCAUCACGAGCAUCCCCAUCUCCCAAUCCUCCCCCGCCGCUUCCUCCCCAUCGACGAGGGGCACGAGCCAUUCUACAUUUGACACACCAUCAUCACAAGACUGAUCUGUCCAGGACACCAAGUCCACCGAAGAGCAUGCCGAUGACACUCCGCGGCAUGCCGAAACCCACUGAUGCCGACCAUCGCAAGCAUAGAAACCCCCUACACAAACACCCUCACAAACACAGGGAGGGGGACCGUAAGCGCUGGCGAACCGAGGUCACCGAGAGGGAACGCAAGCGGUACGAAGGUGUUUGGGCGUCUAAUAAAGGGCUUCUCAUCCCUCCCGAUUCCGAUGGAAGCGAGUCAUGGCCACCUCAUGCCUCGGAGAUGGUUCUCAAUCUGGUCGUCCGGGAGAUCUGGUCCCGCAGCCGCCUGUCAGAGGCAAUCUUGGGGCAAGUAUGGGAUCUGGUCGAUCACCAAAAUAACGGACUCUUGCUGCGUGAAGAAUUCGUGGUUGGAAUGUGGUUGAUCGACCAAUUCUUAAAGGGACACAAGAUCCCUGUGAAGGUCCAGGACAGUGUCUGGGAUAGUGUGCGGCAUGUUGUGGGCCUUAAGGUCCCCCUUGGAAAAGGCAAGGCCCAUACUUAA